AAAAAAAAAAAAAAAAAUUUCUUUUUCUAUAUAAUCCAUAAACAAAUAUUACACUCUGUUAGUUCUUCUUCUUCUUCUCUUCUCUUCUCAAACACCACAAAAUCACUCGCCGGAGCUCCGGCAAUGCUAUUUCCAUCCACAAUUCUCCACUAAAUUCACCAUUUCUCAGUGAUGGGGAUACCGUGGGACGAUAUCGUUGUGAUCCAACAUGCCAAGAACACCAACGAACCAACUGUUGUCACUGUCAAUUGUCCCGACAAAGCUGGUCUUGGCUGUGAUCUUUGCAGAAUCAUUCUUGAAUUCGGUCUUCGCAUUACUAGAGCUGACAUAUCAACGGACGGAAGAUGGUGCUACAUAGUAUUUUGGGUUAUUCCACAUCCUGCAUCACUCACAAUUGAUUGGGAAAGCUUGAAAACAAGGCUUCUUUCACCUUGUCCUUCAUGUUUGUUUUCUUAUAAUUUCAAUCAAUCUACUAAUCCUUCACCACCUCCAAUUUACUUGUUGAAGGUUUGGAUUAUUGAUCAGAAAGGAUUAUUACAUGAUAUUAAUGAAAUCUUGUGUAACCUUCAACUGACUAUUCAGAGAGUUAAAGUGAUGCCAACACCAGAUGGAAGGGCCCUAGAUUUGUUCUUUAUCACCGAUGAAAUGGAAUUGUUUCACACCAAAAAGAGGCGAGACGAUGUAUGCGAGCAUCUUAAGAAUGCCUUAGGAGAGAUGUGUAUCUCCAGUGAACUUCAGUUAGCUGGACCUGAAUAUGGACAUUUGCAGGGGUUUUCUUCUCUUCCACCGGCUUAUUCUGAAGAAUUAUUUGGUCCUGAGUUGUUAGACAAGGUGUCUUUGCAUCCUCUCAGUCAAGACAUGACAACGCUGAAGAAACCAACGGUUACGGUGGAUAAUACGUUGAGCCCAGUUCAUACUUUGCUUCAGAUACAGUGUGUUGAUCAGAAAGGCUUGUGUUAUGACAUUAUGAGGAUUUCUAAGGAUUCUGAUAUUAAGGUUGCUUAUGGUAGAUUCACUUCAAGUGUGAAAGGCUUUCAAAAUAUUGACUUAUUUGUUCAACAAAAAGAUGGAGAAAAGAUCCUAGAUCCCGAACGUCAGAAAACUCUGUGUUCCAGCUUAAAAGAAGAGAUGCUUCAUCCUUUGCGGGUUAUUAUAGUGAACCGGGGUCCGGAUAUUGAACUACUGGUUGCCAAUCCCGUAGAACUGUCUGGAAAAGGAAGGCCUCGUGUUUUCUAUGAUGUUACAUUGGCCUUAAAAGCAUUGGGAGUAUUCAUUUUCUCGGCUGAAGUUGUUAGACAUUCGACACAAGAACGCCAGUGGGAAGUCUACAGGUUUUUGUUGGACGAAAGCCGAGAAUUUCCAUUGAACAGCAGUAAAGCAAGAAGUCAGAUUGUGGACAAAGUUAGGAGAACAUUGAUGGGUUGGUAGUCUGGUUUAGCUUACUGUUUGAGUAUUUGUGCUGCUGGUGGUCCUUUUAAUGCCUUCCCUUUUAAAACCUAAAAUACCAACUUGGUUUACUGUUUAAAUUUGGUUUAGGUAUUAGAUUAGUUAUCUAACUAAUCAUGUAAAUUUGGCAUUGUGAUAGAUGAUUUUAUGUUUGUUUCCUUUUGGCUUUAGUGAAAACUUUUCUCGUCUA